GGAGCAGAGGACAGUUUGGAGAAGUGCUGCAGUGAGCUAAGAAGUCCCAGACCUUAGCAGCCAUGUCGGCUCCGAACUGGGGGGAAAAGCUCCAGGAUGAGCUGGUUUGUGCCAUCUGCCUGGAGCCCUUUAAAGACCCAGUGAUUCUAGACUGUGGGCACAGUUACUGCCAAGCCUGUAUCACUGGCAGCUGGGGGGCCUGGGGCACAGGCCUUUGCCCCCAAUGCAGGAAACCUCUCCCCGAGGCGGAGCUGAGGCCUAACAAGCAGGUGGAGGCGGUGGUGGGCAUAGCAAGACGCCUAGAAGGACAAUGCAAGAAACAUCGAGAUGAUUUGAAGCUCUUCUGCAAAGAGGACCGGACCCUCAUCUGCAGGGUUUGCAGAGAGUCUCGAGAACACAGAGCUCACACAGUCAUUCCCAUUGAGGCAGCUGCAGAGGAGUUUAAGGAGCAACUUCUGAGUCAUCGGGCUCGUGUUCAGCGUGUGAGAGACGAGCGAGGGGGACGGGCAGCUGCUGAAGAAGGGAAAUAUCGAAUUCUACUGAAACAGCUAGAAUGCCAGAAGCAGGAGAGUUUGUCUGAAAUCAAGCAAGUGCGCCAGGUUUUGAAGCAGAGAGAGCAGCUCCUGCGUGACCCCCUGGAAGGCAUGAUACAGGACCUUGGGAAGACGAGGAAUAAAAGUACCAACAGACGUUCUGAGGGGCUAUUACAUCUCGAUAACCUGAUAGCUGAGAUAAAUCAGAAGUGCCAGCAGCCAGCGAUUGAGCUGUUCAAGGACAUUGACAGCACCUUAAGCAGGUGUGAGCAGGUGAACGGUGAGGAGGAGGCGCCUGUUGAUUCUUUGACUGAAGUGGAGAGCAGGGUGCAGGCUCUCUCGGAAAGCCAGACAGUUCUACGUGAUCUGCUGGAGAAUUUCAGAGUGGAAUUGGCUCCAGAAUUGGGUCCUCUUGAAAACAUUUCCUCUGAGGUUCAGGGACAAGUGAGUGGUGAAGACCCGACGGAGGAUGUGCCUGACAGCCCUAAACAAGAGGACACUUCUGUUUGCCUGCUGGAUUGGGAGGAUGACAAACUCAACUCAGACAGCUGUCAGAAGCAAGAAGCUGUCCCUACUGAGAGACAGAAUAAUGUAACUGACUUCAUAAAUGUUGAGCCAGAGGGAGACGUAGAUGCUGAAUAUUUAGUGUCUGAGCCUGUUCCAGACAUUUCAUUCAUGAGUGGGGGUGGUACCUUAAAUCUGCUUGACAAGAAACGGGUGGGACAUCGUGGUCCAGGUCACUGGUUUGACUCCAAGCUCAGGAGACGUGGUGCAUGGAAGAUCGUAGCUGCUGUCGUAGCUUCAGUUCUUCUACUUGCAGUUCUCCUUACCGCGGUGAUUGCUUGGUCGGCGUCAAAGGCCAGUGUGACUCCUCCCGACAGCCCUGCCACCUGCUGCCCUGAAGAGUGGAUCGGGUACCAAGGAAAAUGUUACCUUUUCUCUGAGGAUGAAGCAAACUGGACCUCGAGCCAACUUUUCUGCUCUUCCCACGGUGCCUCCUUGGCUUGGCUAGACACCCGUCAGGAAAAGGAUUUCUUGAUGCGACACAAGGGCUACCUUGAUCCCUGGAUCAGCCUCAGGCGGGAACCGGGCCAGCCCUGGAAGUGGCCCAAUGGCUCAGUAUUCAACCACCCGGUUGAAACAGGAGGAGGAGGAGGAGAAUGCGCCUAUAUGUACCAGAUCACUAUCAGCAGUUCAGAGUGCUACAGACGGAGGAACUGGAUCUGUAGCAAACCUGAUGAAUUUGCAAAGAGAAAGAUUGCUUAAGAACUAGGAACAUGGGCCAUUUUUAUUUCACUGCUUCCUGGGGUACCAAGAAAAAGACUUUUUUGGUUUUUGUUUUUUCCUGUUCGGUUUGUUACUCUCACAAUGUUGGGAAAUAUGCUGUUAAAUCUUGUCUCCCCAGUGUGAAGCUGAUGCAAAUGAGAACAGAAUCAGUCCUGCUAGUCUUGUACAUUUCUAUCCCUUAACCCACUUCUAGCACACAGUGAAGCAAAGGACAGAGCUACCUCAUGUAACCAAACAAGCCCUUCCCAGAGCUCCCCUCUCCUGCAUCAUGCAUGCCAGAGGCGGAGUGCUGGGACCGGCUUGAUCCCUCAGGAGACGAGAAGAGAUCCUGGCUCACCAAAUUACCAGACGUCCCUCAUCCUCCAAUUCCACUUCCUUGUCCACCACUUCGUCCUUCGGGUUGAGUCAGCCGGCUUCUGACUCCAGCCACCCCCUGCCCAAAGUACCUAUGGGGCUCUCGGGCGGAGGUGAGGUCACUGCUGAGGGUGACGUCCAGCUCCUUGUAGAAGUGGCAGGUCUUUGGCGCAACACCAGAGUGACAGUUCACGUCCCUUGCCUGCCUCAGCUCCUUUAUCUUCGCACGGCACUGCUGUGUGUCCCAUUCGUGGCCCUUCGUGGAGCGGGGCUGGAACUGCAGUUUCCUCUCCCCACAGACCCAGCAGAUCCAACAAUUCCAGUGUAUCUAAGUGUGAGUGUUUGGUGCAUGGAGCCACCAUGUGAUGUGAGCUCUCUGCACCAUCCUCAGCAGUGACUAAUAACUAGUGCAGUGACAGCGCUGAGCCAGGGACUGAAUGGAAGUGGGGGUGCAGGGUCACCUGGGGUGGGGGCAGGGGCUGCAGGGCCACAGGGGGAUGGGUUGGAGAACUCCAGGGACACAUGGGAACAGGGUAGAUGUGUCUGACUGAACGGAAGAGGCUCAGGAUCUGCAUGGGGGAGAUUCCCCAACUUCCUAACAAUCCCUGCCCCCCUCCCCCAAAAGAAACUGUUCCGUAAUUCUCCCACCCACACCCAACAACCCUCCAGGUUCCAAGUGUGGAGGCCAAGAAAUGAUUAAUAAAGGUUUGAAGAGAUCUUAAUGUAUGUUGGCUAAUUUAGCAGGAGUUAGACUGUGAUCCUAACUGCUGUGAGAUAUGUAGAAAUAAGAUAAUGUGGUACAGAGUGAAUUGUGUGAAAAGUCAUUACGACCUUGUAAAAUGCAGUCUUGUUUUUGUUCUAGUAUUGAAGACAAAUAAGAUAGCGAAUAGGCUUAUGUAUAAACAAAUGCAAAUGUUUUCCUUUAAUGACUCCAGGAUUGAUAGCCAUUGUCUAUUACAAAGGUAUAAAUGAUUGUUAUGAUUGUUUACUAAUUGAGAGAGAUCCGUCCGGGACUAGGGGCAACCCAGUUUCCUAUGACACUCUCUCUCCCUCCUGUGAGCACUAGAGAAAGUUAAUAAAGUAUUUGAUU